AUGGACGGUGCCGCCGCCGCCCGCAAGAGAUCCCGGCCGGACUCCGCCAACGGCGCCGCCGCCGGAGGGAAGCGCUCCAGAGACACGGAGUCACAACAAACUGGUCUAUCAAGCAAAUCGAAGCCUUGCACCAAGUUUUUCAGCACUGUUGGGUGCCCCUUUGGAGAGAGCUGUCACUUCCUGCACUUUGUUCCCGGUGGAUACCAGGCAGUAUCAAAAUCACACAACCUAGGCCAUUCUGCUGUGUCUGCACCGUCAAGAGGUCCUGUGGAUCAUUCGGCUAAUUCCCAUUCAGCACCUGCUGGCAAAACACGCCUGUGCACCAAGUACAACACUGCAGAAGGCUGCAAGUUUGGUGACAAGUGCCAUUUUGCCCAUGGAGAGAGGGAGCUUGCCAGGCAGGGGCCGCCAUCCUACAUGUCCCAGGAAAGUCCCUAUGCUCCUCCUAUGAGUGGUCGAUAUGGAGGUCGACAUGAACCACCUCCGCCAGCUUCAAUGGGCCCUGCAACCGGAAGCUUUGGCGCAUCAGCUACUGCCAAGGUCAGCGUCGAUGCCGCUCUUGCUGGAGGCAUCAUCGGGAAGGGUGGAGUCAACACGAAGCAGAUCUGCCGAAUCACAGGGGUUAAGCUCUCGAUACGUGACCAUGAGUCAGACCCGAACCUGAAGAACAUUGAGCUUGAGGGCAACUUCGACCAGAUAAAGCAAGCCAGUGACAUGGUGCGCGAGCUCAUUGCCAGCAUCAGCGCCAGCAUGCCAUCGAAAAACCCUCCCAGUGCCGCACCCCCUGCUCGAUCCGGCGGCCCUGGUGGCAGGAGCAACUACAAGACCAAGAUCUGCGAGAACUUCCUCAAGGGCACCUGCACCUUUGGCGACCGCUGCCACUUUGCCCAUGGUGAGAACGAGCAGCGCAAGGGUGCCGCAGUCUGAGAACUGCCGUGAUAUCUCUCAUUCUCCAUUGGCUACUGUGACUAUUCUCCCUGCUGCUCUAGGUGGUUAGCCUGUUGUAUUGCAAUUUUAUGGAUUGUGUUUUUUAGAUUCAUCUUUUGAAAGAUGCUUAAGAAGUAAGGACACUCGUACACAUGUGAUCCCUGUGUAGUUAGUCGCCUUUUGAGUUUUCCCUUUCUGCAUUUUAUUGUCCAGCUGUGUUGAGCUUACCAGGUUGAACUUGGUAUAUUUUGCAUCAUUCCAGUAUACUAUCGCCAAAUCGCAGCUGUUGUCAGUUCAGAA